AUGGCAUCAUAUAAAUAUUUCAACGUCACAUUCCCCAAAGAAUAUGUCGCCCACGUCGAGACCAACCGGCCAGACAAACUGAACUCUUACUUUGAACCCAUGUGGCUCGAACUACGCGAAGUCUUUGACAAGCUCUCAGAAUCUCCCGAUGCGCGCGCCAUAGUCUUCUCUGGUGCUGGCGAUCGCGCUUUCUGCUCCGGUCUAGAUGUCAAAGCGGCCGCCGAGGGGGCAAUAAUUGGGCCCAAAGACAAAUCUUUUGAUGCGGCACGUAUCGCUACGCAGAUUCGACGAUAUGUUCUCGGUUUCCAGGACUGCAUCAGUAGCUUGGAGAGGUGUGAGAAGCCAGUUAUUGCUGCCGUGCACGGAAUCGCAUACGGAUUAGCCAUCGACUUGUGCACUGCGACGGAUAUUCGUGUAUGUGCCAAAGAUACGGCUUUUUCGGCGAAGGAGGUGGAUAUUGGCAUUGCGGCUGAUAUUGGCACGCUGAAUCGGCUGCCUAAAGUCGUGGGCAAUCUUGGAUGGGUAAAAGAAGUUGCGCUUUCGGCCAGGGUCUUUGGCGCUGAGGAGGCUCUGAGAGUUGGUUUUGUUAAUGCCGUCUAUGAUACAAAGGAGCAAACUGUCACCAAAGCAGUUGAGUUGGCGAGCCUAAUUGCAACGAAGAGUCCGGUAGCGGUGCAGGGGACAAAGAACAUUUUGAAUUUUUCGAGGGAUCAUCCGGUUAAAGACAGUUUACAUUACACAGCUGUCUGGAACAGUGCGGCGCUGCAAACAAAAGAUAUCUCUGCUGCCUUGCUAUCGGGGAUGGAGAAGCGAGUGCCAAGGUUUGAUAAGUUGUAG